UAAAGAAAGUUCAAUACAAAGUAUAAAUAGGUUGUUCAGAGAGAAUUCAUUGUAUAGAAAAAUUCCAUUUGAAAAUGAAAGAUUAAGAAAUAGAAGUCAAGCUUUAGGUGAAAAUGAAAGGAUAUUAAAUGAAAGGAAUAGAAGUCAAACUUCAUACGAAAAUGAAAGGUCCUGA